UUGGUUGCAGAGAUGGCUUCCACCCUUGGUGUAACUGUCUAUUCUGAGGAAUUUCAGAACCUGAGCUUCACUGCCACAAAAAAUGACAGAGUGAAGAAGAUCAAUGAACAUAUCCGGUCUAGGACCAACGUUCCUGUGAAAGAACAGAUUCUUAAGCUGGGCUCAAAGACUCUAGAGGAGAAGAGAAAGCUGUCAUCUUAUGGCAUUGACAAGGAGACAACCAUCCACCUCACCUUGAAGGUAGUGAAGCCCGAUGAUGAGGAGCUGCUGUUGACAUUGGUGGAUACAAAGGAUGAAGGGCAGAGGUACCAAAUUGAGGUGCGAAGGUCCAGCUCUGUCACCCAGGUGAAAGAGAUAAUUGCGGCGAAGACCGCUUUGCCUCCUGACCAACAGAUUGUGGUCUGCAAUGGAAAGAAACUGGAAGAUGGGAAGACCAUGAAAGAGUAUAACAUCAAAAAGUUCAAUGUUCUCUUUCUGACAAGUCUGUGCAUUGGAGGGUGAUCAUCUAUGCUUAACCCAGUGCAUGAUCUAUUCUAUAACUCAAUAAAUGCUGAGCCACAUUAAAUUUCUACUUACAGAGAACAAAGCUGUGAUAUAUUAAUGAGUGAAUUAUUCUGAUGUGAUCAUAAUCUAGUAAAGAUUUUAGAAAUUA